ACGAUGAAGAUUGUUUAGUUUGGGUAAACUAAAACACUAAUGAAACUCAGAUUCGUAAAGUACCCACCCUAAAAUAUCUGUGUCGGAUGUAAUAAAUAAUCACUCAAUUCCUUCUCCCUCCCUGAAAUUCAAAUCCCCGCCAAAAUCAUUUACAAUGUUGCACCAAAUUUUAAUCCAGUUUAUUUAAAAAUCCACACUAUACUACACAACCUUAUCAACCAAAACAAGAUCACAAUCCUUGGAUUUCAAUUUCCAUGGCUGAAUUUGAAGCUCCAUCAUUCUCCCUAGGUCUCGAUCUUGACGAUACACCACCACCUUCUCCAUCUACCUCCCCCAACCACGACCCGGUCCCACAAGAAGUCCCCGAUUCCGAUCCAGAAUCUCAACCCGACCCACCAAUCCGUAUCCUCAAACGUCUCCGUCGUGCUCCCCCUUCCUCCUCCCAAACGGAAUCACUGCCUUCGUUCUUUGAUCCCGACGAGGAUGAUAUCGAGGAGUUCUCUUCCCAAGAGGAACCUCUUCAAGUAUCUGCGCAUUCCUCGGUUCAGAAUCGAUCUGUAUGCGGCAGCUCAAAAGUCUCAUUGAAAGGAGCUGGAGUUUUAACUUCACAUUCAUGUAGUAACUCAAUGGGGAAAAAACGAAAGCAGGGUUUGGAUGUCCCGGCUUCAGUUGGGUUGGAAACGGGUCAGAGUGGGUUCAUAUUUCCUAAUUUAGCAGAUAGUCCUAUUCGAAGGUGUAAAUUGCUUGAUUCUGAUGAUGAUGAUCUGUUUGGUGAGGAUGUUUUUGGCGUAAAUAAAGUUGGCCCAUCCUCAUCAACGGGGCAAGCAUAUAACCAAAGCACACCUUUGACUUCAUUGGAACAAAAUAGAAAGACGCAAUUUGAUGCGACCCAAAAAAGAGACCAUGCUUCUGAUAUCCCAGCUUCUGUUGGGUUGGAAACAGGUCAGAGUAGCUUCGUGUUUCCCAAGUUAGUGACUAGUCCUAUACCUAGGUUUAAAUUGCUUGAUUCUGAUGAUGACGACGAUGAUCUGUUUGGUGAGGAUGUUGGUGGUGAGAAUAAAGUUGGCCCCUCUUCGUCAUCGGGGCAAACAUGUAACCGAAAUACGCCUUUGACUUAUUCGGAACAAGAUAGAAAGACACAAUUUGAUGUGAACCGAAAUCAGGAUUUGUGGAAAGAUUUUUCUCCCAUGAAGAAUUUUUCUGUUCCUACACCCGUGUUCAAUGAGGUGUUCGAAGAGUACUUUUGUUCUAGAAAGAGCACAGAAGUGCCGAGAUCAGGGAUUGGCAUGUCAGAAAAUUACAAUGAGACGUAUUGUGGGGUUAGUUCUGGAUACCAGCAGGAUGAACAGAUAUGGGAGGUGGCGGGUCCUCUUCCUCCUGCUCAUCGUUAUUUUUUACACGAGGAUCCAAGAAUUCAGCAGUUGGUUCGCAGCCGCCUUUGUAAUUUUUUUCCAUUAGGUGUCAAUAGUGUUAAUCAGCAACAAAAUGGCUCGCAUAUCGAUUAUAUGGGACAAUUUGACAAUGGAGGAGCUUCUAAAACACCGGGACGUGUUAAUGGCUCAACAAGCAGAAGAAGCAAAUCAACAAAUUUGAAUGUUGAGGAAUCCUUUAAUGCUUCUGAAGGUUGGGUGGAUCCAAAAAUCAUUUCUCCUUUUGGCAGUGGAACAUCUAGUAGAAAGAACACAACAAAGAGAAACAACACUAAGAGAAGUGUGUCAAAAGCUAAAAAUGCACAAUGCAAAUUAAACCCUUCAAAUGUUUCGGGAAAUUGGGUGGAACCCAAGAGCCGCGCCGGUAUGCCAAAAGAUGCAGGUAAAAGGCGUGUACAAGCAAGCAGUCAAUCUGCUGGUCAUUGGUAUACAGGAUCAGAUGGAAGAAAGGUUUAUGUCAGCAAAAGUGGACAGGAGUUGACUGGCCGAAAUGCUUAUAAACACUAUCGGAAGGAGAGUGGAACAGGAUUCAAGAAAUCCAAAAAGAAAACAAGUGCUAAGAAAGCAAACGCCAAGAAGGGAAACUAAGCCUUUGAUGCAACACAUUGUUCCCUGCCAGGUCCACAGUAAAUUACUUUUCUACAGCAUCCUGUAAAUUACUAAUGAUUGGUCUUAUGGCUAGUAUUACCCGAUAGGUUUGGUUCUGUUCCAUUGCCAUAAACUUCUGUUGUUUUAUUUCUGGAUGGGGAAAAGAAGCUACCAAUCUAGCAUGUAGGGUCACAUGAUUUGGGGCUUUUGUUGCUCAGUGAAGUUUCAAAGCAAAACAAUCUGACACUGUCAUAAGCUUAUCCAGAUGGUUCUGUGAAGUGCACACAUUAAGCUUUAAGAUAUUGAUACCAUGAAACUGUAGCUUUGAGAUAUCGAUUCACUUUUUAUUUUCACCAAGCAUUGAUUCACCACUUGGUUCGCUUAGUGCUAUCCCAAUUUGUAAAUGAGAGAUAUAAAAAGAAGGAUAAGAUGGUUCAAGUUAAAAAAAGACAUUGAGAAGACCCUUCUUUCUAUCUCGAGUUGAGUGUACAAGGAACUGCAAGUGUUCUGGCUUUAUGAAUGAAUGUUUAUUUCUAAAUGAUGUGUGCUAGGAUGUGUAUACUGUAUAGUAUGAUUCAAUUGAGUUUUGGUUUACAAUAUGGAUGUUCAAUAACCGUUAGUAUAUUAUAACAUAGUUAAUGG